AUGUGUGUCACUGUUUGCGAACUUAUAUUUAUCAUUAUUUUCCCUCCAAUAGCAAUAUUAAUAGCUCGAGGAUGUGAUGUACAUUUCUUUAUAAAUAUUGUCUUAACAAUCAUCGGAUGGAUACCUGGAGUUAUUCAUGCUAUAUAUAUUUGUUUCUAUUACGAACCUCCUGGUACUGCUCAUCCUGCAAUCCAAUAUAAUUUGUAA